CACGGUGGUCAAGCAGGGCGCUUUGCUGGCAAUAGCCUGCGUCCGCCAUUAGUGUUCACAGCUUCCACCUAGCUACGCGCACGCGCGCACAAGUAGGGUUGGCAUGACGUAGAGCAGAAGCCUCGAAAACACUGAGACGCUCCUGGGGACUUUUAGUUAUGCUGAACGCGUUUUAGUUCAAGUAAAAGUUGUUUUCUGUGAAUAACAAGCACCAGCGUGGCACUGAGCUGGUGUUACACUCUGAUCCGUUUUUCUUAGUCGAGACGCGACAAUACCCGGAUGGAGUGUCAUGGCCGCCAUCGGAGAGGAGGAAGCCAAAUGUUUCUGAUGUUUGUGUCUUUUCUCAACUCCAGCUUCUUUUCUCCAAGUCAGAUGUUGACGGGACGCUGUCCGACCAUCCUCCGAGCUCGUAGCACAGUCACUACAAUGUUUCUGCUUCAGACAUCGUAUUAAAGACGGGGGAUUUACAAAAGCACAGCCUUCAGGAUUUGAUCCAAUAAGCUAUAAUGGUGCUUUCACAUCUGGGCCAGCAUGGACUGCACUGGAGACCUAGCAGAUUGGCAGCUAUGGAAAACCUGAGACGACCUCACGACUUUGCCAAAAAUUGCAACUCAUCAAUUGUAGAGGAUAAUCAAGAAAAGGUGAAAGACUUUGUGCACAAGCAUCUUGGAGAAGUAACGGAUGAUCCCCUCAGCAAUGCAGCUGAGUCUCCCGGGAAGGAUCACAGUAGCUCAGCUAGGAGAGAGAAACAACUCGGUCACUGUAAAGUUCAACAGAGGGCAGUUUUCUCUGGAAAAAUUCUAAGUUUUGGAUGCUCAGUGUGUAAAGAUAAUUUAACAUUUAGCCCUAAUGACCUUCUUAAACAUUUCCAAGCUGCCCAUAAAGGAACCCCUCCUACGUAUACAUGUGAGCUUUGUGAUUUUGUCACCAAUGAGUUCCAAGUUCUUCAGCGCCAUCGAAUUGAGCAUAGGAAUACUCUGGUUACUUGUGAGCUUUGCAACGAUAAUGUCCAGUACUCGCUGCUUUUGCUUACCAGGCACUACAUGAUGUGCCAUAGUGUAAAUGGACAGUUCAAGUGUGACUGGUGUAGUUUUACGACUGUUGAUGCAGGAACAUUUGUUCAGCACAUCCAUCAUCAUAACGAGGUUCAUUGGAAGUGUUCAAAAUGUCGACAUAUUAGCUUGAACGAAGAAGAUCACCAAAGGCAUGUGAAAGCUCACUCAGAUACAUUCACUUUCACUUGCCAGAUCUGUGGUUAUGGUGCUGCAAGGAGUGAGUAUCUAAAAAUACACACGGCAGUUGUUCACAGAGAGGAGGUUGAGAGAAGAAAUGCACUGAUGCCUGUGGAAGAUGAUGGCUUACCAGAUUCAAGGCCUUAUAAAAGGAGUUGUGAAUCUCUGGAAAGUCUGAGGAUACCAAAAUCAAACUGUCUCUCUGAAAGCCAAAAUGGCAGGUUAAUAAAACAGGAGUCUUCCUUGAAGGAGACACAUCACUUUAUGGAUUUGACCGUAUUGAAAAAGUGCAGCAAAACACCCCACAAUACAGAAUUGUUGACACCAGUUUCUCUACAGGAAGGUGAUACCUCAAGCACUGAUCCAGAAAGUCACACCAAUGGACUCACAGUUCUGAUGGUCAAGAACAAAAUCUCUCUCCCCCCUAAUUGUACUACUAAAGUGAUGGGAUUCAAGAUGGUUGAUGGCAAAAAGCAUUUAGUCCUCAAAGUAAUACCAACAAAACAAGACCUGCAUUCUCAAAACCAUUCUUUAGUUGGUUGUAUGGACCCCAUGGUACCUGGUCCUGUGAUGAGUGAAAGUAAAGUCUCAGCUGAGAAUGAGCAGUCCUCUGAUUCAACACCACAUUACUUAGCUGGUUCCCUUAGAAAUGGUUGUACCCAAAUGGACCAUGACGAUAUCAUGGCAAUAAAAGUAAAGCUCGAGGAGGAGGAAACUUCAGUUUUUAGCUUUGACUCCACACCAAACAACAGCAGCAUUUCUGAAUCAAAUAUUUCUAUAAAUACUUCAUUGACUAGUUCUGAGACUUUAAGUUUAGUGACAAAACAGUUGUGUGAUGUGGAAGGUCCCUUAGAUGGAGUACCUUGCACAGAAGGUAGUCAGGAUAAUAGUUCAGUAACUGCAAGCUGUAAAUCAAAUGCAACCAAUCAUCAAUCUGAAAUUAUUAAUAGCUCAACACUGUGCAAUGAGAAUGUUGCUAGUGUUUCGUUUCCAUCAGCCGUUCAGAAGACCAAGUUAUCUAAAUCAGUCUUCAAAGAAUCUGUAAAGUGUGGAGGCACCAAGGAGUCAUUGCUGACUGAUGGCAAUGGCCAGGUUGGCAAAACAAACAAAAGAAGCUCUGAUUUUCACACAUUUAAUGCUGAUGUACAUUCUCCGGUUACUGCAGGCCAAAGUCAUAAUGUUGAGAUUAAAAUUAAAAAAUGCUCGCAACAUCUAAAAUGUUUGGAUCCUUUAUGCCAAACUCAUUCAGCUCUUGAUACAAGUGUAAACACACAAAAUAUACCCAACCAAGAAGUAUUCACUUUCCACAACUAUUCCAAGGAAGUGUUUAGCACUUCACCCAGCAGUAGCCAAACUUUAGGUAACAGUCAAACAGUACUUGAAGGAAAUGGAUGUGAAUCGCCACAGUUUAACCUGACACUAGCAGAGUCUCCAGAACACUUGAAUGAAAGCACAUGUGGUGAAGUAGAGGUUGAUGGGUGUGUAGCUAGUGUUGACCAACUCCUAAAUAGUGAGAACUCUGAGUCUGUCCUCCAAGAUUUCAACAUCAUUAAAAUAGAGGAGGAUUUCCUUCCCAUAUCUGUAAAAGAGCCUGAAACAAAAAGUAGCUCCUCUGCAAUAGGGAAUUUUGUGGAAGAGCAUGCAAAUGCAAUCAUUACCCAACAGCUUAACAAGGAAAAAACAGGGUCUUUGGGUGCAAGCAGUGAUUCUUUAAAACCGGCAAAAACAACUCUGCAAAUUCUUCAGUUGCCAGAUGGAACACAACCAGUCUUUCUGAGGGCUACUGAGAACAGAUUUAUCAAGGCUGCACCCGGUUUUAAACUACUAACCAGUUCCACAAAUCCUCAGAUCAAUGUAUCAUACAUGAAAAAUGGGCUUAGUAAAUCAGGUCAAGCCACUGGUGUAAGUAUCACUCCUAACACUGAAUUGACACCAGCAGCAAAACCACAAGCUAAAGAAAAAGGGACAACUCUUUCUGCUGUUAAACCAGGUGUCCGCACCACCUCCAGCCACUACCUUAUCAACAGUCACGGCUUCAGUGGUCCUGUGAUCCUUUCAAGUUCAACGGUAGAUAAAACGGCAAAGGCACAGCCAACUUGCUUCUUGGUCCAAAGAUCUGUCCCACUAGUUCAGGCCCCCAGUACCACUGGUUUCAAAUUGGCAAGUACUCAGGUUGCAGGAAGCUCACAACCUGUUCUGGCUAUGCCUGUGAGUUCUGUUGAUAAAUCCAGCACCCCACAAAUUGGUCGCCAAGCUUUCCUUCUACGAUACAUUUCUCCACCUAAAUCAAGCAUGUUUCUAAACAACGUAGAAGGAAAGACUGCAACACUUAAUAGCCAAACUAAUCAAAGAUCUGGAAAUAAAGUCCUUUUUAAGAUUGUCACACCUGCUGGUAGCCUGCUUUCCAGUGGAGCUUCAACCACAAACAGCCAACCAUUGUUCUUGACCACCACACCUCAAGCCCAGUGUAUCCUGGUCUCAUCAAACAAAACUAAUGCAACAGCUUCUGCUGGACCUAAAAAUUUGAUCAGCUCAGAACAUUCUCCACAGAACCAUCUCAAAAAUUCUGGCAUUUUAACAUCACAUGUCAAUGGAACGCUCCAACCAUGUGAAUCAGAGAGAUUUUUGGCCCAGAGGCCAGUAAGGCCUCUAAGCCAAAGCAAAAGGCGCAGGAAAGCAUUAUUUGUUGAGCAUCCAGCGACAGCACACAAGGCUAGAAGGCUUUCAAGCAGGUUACCUUCUGAAAAACAGCCAGUCUUAUGGAAGCCUGUAGAUAAAGAGAUGGAAAGAACUUUGAGACUUGCCCCGUUUAGUUCCAUGCAACAGAUCAAAUGCCCCCGUACAUACCAGCCUGUAGUGGUGCUCAAUCAUCCAGACGCAGAUAUUCCUGAAGUGGCCAACAUUAUGAAAGUGGUGAACCGGUAUAAAGGUGCUGUCUCAAAGGUUUCUUUGAGUGAGAACACUGUUCAGGCACUCUCUGGCCUUAGUGCUGUAGAAAACUGUUCCUCAACCAUAAACGUGACAUCUAAUGGAGACCAUCUAAGACCCAGAACUCUUGAGAGUUAUGUUCGGAAGCGAUUCCUUUUAAAAAUGAAACUAAGGAAAAAAAGCAAAAGAAAGUAUGAGGUGGUCAAAGAAUUAUCAGGUUGUCAACAAGGAUCAGUGGCAUUCAGCUGCUGGUUUUGUGGUCGACUUUUUAAUAACCAAGAAGACUGGAUCGGUCAUGGCCAAAGGCAUCUUAUGGAAGCAACAAGAGACUGGAAUGCAUUGCUCUGAAACUUCAUCACUUUUAAUCUACUCUGUUCCUUUGACAUGGAAUUAUUGGAAGUAUAUUUUUUAAAGGUCCUAUACUAUUCUAGUUUGACUGUAAAUACUGUUCAAGUGAUUAUUUUUUCUUUUAAACUGUGAAUGUUGUGGGGAAUCGUUCUGCAGGCUUUGCUUGUGUUCUGCUAGCACAUGUAAAAACCAGAACUGUGAAAAUGGUACACUGUAAGUAGGGGCUGGGGUUAGAGCACAGGGAAUGGAGCAAUGCCAGUAUAAUUGGAUCAGAUUACUCAGGUAACUUCAUUUUAGUUUUGUUUUUCUAUUUUCCCCCUUCAUCUCAUAUGAAAGGGGAUUGAUCGUUCUGUCAAUUGGUGAUGGGGAUGUAUUUAGUCCACCUGUAGCUCGUCUCUGACAGAUUGGUUCCUGUGGUCCAAGGUCUGAGUUAGUUCAUGUUUCAUCAGACAUACAAAAUAUUCUGAUUCCAGCAAUCCAGAAUAGUAAGUUGUUGCCACUGCUUGGUUGAGUUUGCCUUUAAAACAGAAAUAUUUUUAAUGGUGUCCUUUUUGGUUUUAGCAGAGGUGAUGUGUUAUUUUUGUUAUCCGCCCAUAUGAGAUGCACAAUAAAAUGUCAUUACUUUAGUUUUUAAUGGAUAACUUGAUGUCGGGAAAAUCCAGACCACACGUGGUGGUAGUGGUCACCCAUGUUCAUUCCAGUUGUAAACUAGCUGUUGGCUUCUAUUACUGUCUAUGGGUUGACUGGAUCAGCCUCAGUGAUGCAGCAGAAAUGCUUCCCGAGGAGUGUAUAUAUAUAUACAUGUAAAGCACCAUUUCUGAAUGAGAUUGGCUCUUGAGGAAUUGAAUCCAGAGCCUUAAAAUAAAGGGACAAAUUGAGUGUUUGUUCCUGCUUUAGCCAGAACUGCUGACCAAGACUGAGGCUGUUGUUCCACAUCCUAUAUAUUAAUUUAGACGAGCUUUGUUUCCUGCAUUAACUUUUUGUGUAUUAAUGUUGUAAAUGGUCUCAGUGUCACACAGUCCAUUACGCUGUAAAUACAUGUAUUUUUUGUGUUUUAUAAAAUUUUACAUCUUUAAUCACAACACUUCUUUGUGGUUCUCUAAUAUGUAAUUUGGUCCAUAAUGCAAUAAAACAGCAAGCGGUGCACACAGCAGUCUCCCAAUCGACCACUGAAGCUACAGGUGUGUGGGGUUAGGGUUAGAUUGGGUUCACCUCAUCUCACUGGGUUGGUUUGUCAGGAAGUUUUUUAAUUGUUUGUGUAAAUCAUAAAAAUGAUCAAAGUGUGAAACAAAGAAUUGCCCUGCUGUUUUUGUAGAAAUGUUCUAAACCAUUAGAACAAUCUCAAAAUUUCUGAAUGGUCUGAGAGCAGCUAGUUAACCUGUCAAACACAACUCUAACAAAGUGUUUAUGAAGUUGCUUUUCUAUUAAAUUUUCAGGCUCGCCAUUGUAUAUUGCAGAUAAUUGUGUGGUUAUAUAUUCUGGGCUAGCUACUCUAGGAGUAGAUACGAGUCCCUGGGUCUUCUGAAUAAUUCAACCAGAAACUUUUAUAGACUAAGAAGCCUUGUUGGGACUAAUAUGUCUGAUCGUAAUCUCUAUUUCUCCAGAGGUUGUUUAAAGUACUACAAUGUGUAAUAUGUUUAACAGUUCUUAAUGUUCCCAAAGAGACACGUGAAAUAUUUCAGUCUCACCAGCCUAGGGGUGUGUGUGUGUGUUUUGAUGAUUCUGUUUUGUUUUAAGCGAAAAGCAUCUCAUGUUGGGGAUGGUUGUUGUCCCUCAUGCCCUUCCUGUUCUUCCAGUCAUCACAGCUCUUGAGUUUUUCUCAAAGGUAACAGAUACUGAAAAAUGUGUUUAUGUAGUACAGAUUUAAUUUCCAGCUCUUCAUGUUGAGAAAUGUUCAGAUGUUUAUGACAGGUGUGAGUCAUCUUGUGGACUAAAUGGAAUGUGUUGUGGCUGCAGGAAUACUUGUGCUGGAGAGUUGAUAAUUUUUUGCUGACUGACUCGAGUGGUCCCAAAAAACACAAAUGCAAAUGAACAUUGGUUUCUAUAUCCAAGCUGAUGCCAGAUCUUUUCCUGUUCCUCCUAAAAUACUUUAGGGCCAAAGACAUUUUUUAACCUGGUGCUUUACAUCUUGUUACUGUCAGACCCAGAAUCCCAGCCCCACCCCCUAUACUCUCCCCUAUUCCUGUCUAGACUUUUGUCCCGGUACACCAGGCUCAGUCUAUAGUAAAGUGCCUCAGAUGUUGCAGGUCAACUGUGUACUGUAAUCUUUGAAAAUUGUUUCUCUUUAUUAAAUGUACAUACCCUCUGAAA